CUUUCACAGGCUUCCUCUUCUAUGCUAACUAGUGAACUCAAGGUUUCGGUUUUGGGGGUUCCUUUAUCAGAGCCUGCAAAACCAAUUAUAUGGACCACAAGCGACACUCGAACAACGGAUAUUCAUACUCCAAUCUCUUCAAUCGUGAGGUUAGUGAUAUGGGUUUCUCUUAACUUCUUCUCAAAAGGGUUCUUUUGGCUUCCUGAUCUGAACGGGGAAUUUGGGUUGAAAAUAUUGUGUUUUGGUUUUUUGGACUAGACAUUAGGGUUUGAAUUUCCUUCUUUGGUGGAUUUUGAUGCGAUGGGUCUCUGCUUAUAUUGUUCGUUUUUUUUUUUAAAAAAAAAAUUAUUUCUGUUAGAUGUUGUUGAUGAAUUUGAGGUUUAUUUUAUGUGUUUUUUGUUUUUGUUCUUGGGUUGUUGUAUUUGAGUCUUUGAUGAACUUGCAACUUCACCAACAGGAUGGUGAUUUUGAUAAUCAUGUUAAUACUAGUCAGGAUGAGAGCAGAGGUAGCCACGGUAAAGGAGCAAUGACGGACCGUGGGAAUGGAGUACUGUUAAGGAGGUCAUCAGAAUUGGGCCGCAAGAAGAAGCGACAGCGUUUUGAUGCUGAACCUGGUUCAAAUUCUUCUGCCAGGAGAGACGCCAAUAGCAACGACAAGGACGAAGACGGCGGCUACGGUAACCAUAUUACAGAGGAGCACUACCAUUCAAUGCUGGGGGAACACAUUCAGAAGUACAGAAGGGUGAGGUUCAAAGAUUCCUCAUCAAAUCCGGCAUCCACCAGAAUGGGAAUGCCACUUCCAAAACGUAGUCUCAUCUCCAAAGGCCGAAAGUCAGGGAAUGAGGACAGAGUGUUACAUGGGAUGGAAACUCCAUCGGAGUACCUUAGAGAAAUUAGUCCUCUCAAGCAUGGGAGCUACUAUGAUGGAGAUCUCACACCAGAAUAUGGAAACGAUAGGAUCUCUUCCUCAUGCGAUUCUGGUUAUUUGGAUAUUGGGGAGGGCAUCAGUUAUAGGAUUCCUCCAACUUAUGAUAAACUGGCAGCAUCCCUGAAUUUGCCAAGCUUCUCAGAUAUCCGGGUAGACGAAUUUUAUUUAAAGGGUACACUGGAUUUGGCAUCCCUAACUGCAAUGAUGGCCUCUAAUAGAAGACUUGGUCGACGAAGCCGAGGUGGAAUGGAUGAGCCUCAGCCCCAGUAUGAGUCACUUCAGGCGAGAUUAAAGGCUUUAUCAGCCAAUAGUUCGGUCCAAAAGUUCAACCUCCAAGUGAGUGACACUGCUUUGGAUUCCUCCAUACCUGAGGGGGCAGCUGGUGGGAUACAAAGGUCUAUUGUAUCUGAGGGAGGUACCUUACAGGUUUACUAUGUGAAGGUCUUGGAGAAAGGAGACACAUAUGAGAUUAUUGAACGUAGGCUACCCAAGAAGCAGAUCGUGAAGAAAGAUCCUGCCUCGAUUGAGAAAGAGGAGAUGGAUAAGAUUGGGAAAGUCUGGGUGAACAUUGUGAGAAGAGAUAUACCAAAGUAUCACAAAUUUUUCACUAAUUUCCAUAAAAAACAAUUAACUGAUGCUAAGAGGUGCUCAGAAAUAUGUCAGAGAGAGGUGAAACUGAAGGUCAGCAGGUCUCUUAAAUUGAUGAGGGGGGCAGCAAUCCGCACUCGGAAAUUGGCUAGAGACAUGCUGGUAUUCUGGAAAAGAGUAGAUAAAGAGCAGGCAGAGAUAAGAAAGAAAGAAGAAAGAGAAACUGCGGAAGCUAUGAAACGUGAAGAGGAGCUCCGUGAAGCAAAAAGACAACAGCAAAGACUGAAUUUCCUAUUAUCACAGACAGAGCUCUACAGUCAUUUCAUGCAGAAUAAAACUACCCCACAAAGUUCAGAAGCAUUAUCUGUGGGUGACGAAGAACAAAAUAACCAAGAUCUACCUCUGAGUUCUUCAGAUGUCAAGCCAGGAGAAGAAGAUCCUGAGGAGGCUGAAUGGAAAAGGGAGGCUCUGAGAGCUGCUCAACAGGCCGUCUCCCAGCAAAAAAAGAUAACUAGUGCUUUUGAUAGUGAAUGUCAAAAACUACGCGAAGUAGCAGAAACUGAAGGCCAGCCGAAUGACACAUCAAUUGCAGGAUCUAGUAAUAUAGAUUUACUUCAUCCCUCUACAAUGCCUGUAACAUCAUCAGUGCAGACACCAGACUUGUUUAAAGGCUCCCUUAAGGAAUAUCAGUUAAAGGGUCUCCAAUGGCUGGUCAAUUGUUAUGAGCAGGGUUUGAAUGGUAUCCUUGCUGAUGAGAUGGGCCUGGGAAAGACAAUCCAAGCCAUGGCGUUCUUGGCUCAUUUAGCUGAGGAAAAGAAUAUAUGGGGACCCUUCCUGGUUGUUGCACCUGCUUCUGUCUUGAACAACUGGGCUGAUGAAAUUAGUCGUUUCUGCCCCGACUUAAAAAGACUUCCAUACUGGGGUGGACUUCAGGAGAGACAGAUUCUUAGGAAGAAUAUCAAUCCAAAGCGUCUCUACAGAAGGGACUCUGGUUUUCAUAUACUGAUAACCAGUUACCAACUGCUAGUCUCUGAUGAGAAGUAUUUCCGACGUGUGAAAUGGCAAUAUAUAGUAUUGGAUGAAGCACAGGCAAUUAAAAGUUCUAACAGUAUACGGUGGAAGACAUUACUUAGUUUCAACUGUAGAAAUCGCUUGCUUCUGACUGGUACACCCAUCCAGAAUAACAUGGCAGAGCUGUGGGCCCUUCUUCAUUUCAUCAUGCCCACUUUAUUUGACAGCCAUGAGCAGUUCAAUGAGUGGUUUUCAAAAGGUAUUGAGAAUCAUGCAGAGCAUGGAGGAACUUUAAAUGAACACCAGCUUAACAGAUUGCAUGCAAUUCUGAAGCCUUUUAUGUUACGACGAGUUAAAAAAGAUGUAAUAACUGAGAUGACUGAAAAAACAGAGGUCACAGUCAACUGCAAGUUGAGUUCUCGACAGCUGGCUUUUUAUCAAGCUAUAAAGAAUAAAAUAUCUCUUGCUGAGUUGUUUGAUGGCAGCCGUGGACAUCUUAAUGAGAAGAAAAUUCUAAACUUGAUGAAUAUUGUCAUCCAACUGAGGAAGGUAUGCAACCAUCCGGAGUUGUUUGAAAGGAAUGAAGGGAGCACAUACCUUUACUUUGGAGAGAUCCCAAAUUCUCUUAUGCCUCCACCCUUUGGGGAAUUGGAGGACGUACACUAUGCAGGAGGUCAGAAUCGCAUAACUUACAUGGUACCAAAGCUUAUACAUCAAGAAAUCAUUCAAAGUGCUGAAAUGCCUUUCUCAGCGUUCGGUCAUGGAGUCCAAAGAGAAUCAUUUGAGAAGCUUUUCAAUAUAUUCUCUCCUGUAAACAUUUAUCAGUCUGUGUUCUUGAAUGAUAAAAGGUCAGAUAGGUCUUUCCCUGUUAACAGUGGGACAUUUGGUUUUACCCAUUUGAUAGAUUUGUCCCCAGGAGACGUUGCAUUUCUAGCAAAAGGUUCGUUUAUGGAAAGGAUUUUGUUUUCCAUUAUGAGGUGGGAUCGACAAUUCUUAGAUGAAAUUUUGGACUCAUUAAUGGAAGUUGAGGGUGAUGAUCUUGGGUAUAGUCAGAUUGAUAGUGGAAAAGUGAGAGCUGUUACUAGGAUGUUAUUGAUGCCAUCUAGAUCUGAGUCUAAUUUACUCAGAAGGAAGCUUGUAACUUGUCCUAGUGAUGCCCUGUACGAAACCCUAGUCGUUUCUCAUCAGGAUAGACUCAUAUCAAACACGAGGCUUCUUCACUCAACAUAUGCUUUCAUCCCACGAGCUAGAGCUCCUCCAAUUAAUGCCCACUGCUCCGAUAGAAACUUUGCAUACAAAAUGCUUGAAGAACUACACAAUCCUUGGGUGAAGCGGGUUUUUUCUGGGUUUGCACGCACAUCAGAGUUUAAUGGACCUAGAGAGCCUAGUGGUACUCAUCAUUUGAUAAAGGAGAUAAACUCAGAAUUAUCUGUCAGUGAGCCCGUUCUUCAGCUCACAUACAAGAUAUUUGGGUCAUCUCCACCCAUGCAACCCUUUGAUCCUGCAAAGAUGCUUACGGACUCGGGGAAGCUUCAAACACUUGAUAUUUUAUUGAAGCGCUUGCGAGCUGAAAACCACCGUGUGCUCUUGUUUGCUCAAAUGACUAAGAUGUUGAAUAUUCUUGAGGAUUACAUGAAUUAUAGGAAAUACAGGUAUCUUCGACUUGAUGGAUCUUCAACUAUCAUGGAUCGACGUGACAUGGUCAGAGAUUUCCAGCACCGGAGUGACAUUUUUGUAUUUUUACUAAGUACCAGAGCUGGUGGACUGGGUAUUAACCUGACAGCUGCUGAUACUGUCAUAUUCUAUGAAAGCGAUUGGAAUCCAACCUUGGAUCUACAAGCAAUGGACAGAGCUCAUCGGCUUGGUCAGACCAAGGAGGUCACUGUAUACCGUUUGAUUUGUAAAGAGACGGUUGAAGAGAAAAUUUUGCAAAGAGCAAGUCAGAAAAAUACUGUACAGCAGCUGGUUAUGACAGGUGGCCAUGUUCAAGGCGACCUUUUGGCUCCUGAGGAUGUCGUUUCCUUACUUCUUGAUGAUGCCCAAUUGGAGCAGAAAUUGAGAGAAGCUCCAUUGCAGGGUAAGGAUCGACAGAAGAAGAAACAUGCAUCAAAGGGCAUACGGGUGGAUGCUGAUGGGGAUGCAUCUUUCGAAGAGUUUACAAAUAUUCAGGGUUCUGGAGAUGAACGCACUCCUGAACUGGAUAUUCGCGAGGCUAGUAAUAAAAAGAGGAAAGCAAGCUCAGACAAGCAAACCCCUCCAAAAGCAAGGUCUCAGAAAGCUCCCAAAAUCAGUGAUUCUUUCACAGGGAUGAAUGAAUCCAACUCAGUUGACUAUGAGCUGGAUGAUUCUGUUGGUAACACAGACUUGCAACAGCAGAAGCCCAAGAGGCCAAAGAGACCAAAGAAGAGCAUAAAUGAGAACAUUGAACUAGUAUAUACUGCAGCUAACACAGUGACCCCAGAGCCUAUAGAGUACCCUCAUGUAUAUGAUUCUGGUGAUGCCUGUUUAAGCGCUAGGGAGAUCUCACCAUCUAACCAUUCCCCUACCUGACAUAAGUGGGAGAAUUAAAGCAAGUGAAAAAUGAAUGUUUUUUGUGUUCAAUUGAUUGAAGUGGUGAGCCUUGCCCUCUGAAUUUGCAAUAGAGGAUCACAGGCUUGACAAAUUUCUAUUAAAAAACAGUGCUGGAGGCAUGGCCUGGUUGGGUUGGACUGCAUGACCACCUGUUGAGAACAAGAGGGCAAGCGGAGAAGCUGUACAAUAAUAUUGUGCAUAUUAUUUGUUCUAAGCAACAUUAGUGCCAAAAUCACAGGUUUGGUGUCACUUAUUUUUCACCAGGAAAUAUGUACAGGAGGGUUAUUGAUCCUCUCUUUCUCAGUUUUGUCAUUCUUUUGGCUGUAAACACAGUGUACACCAGAUGUUGUAGUUGCUAAAAGGUGAGAAGCUCUGUAUAAAAUAAAUCGUCUGAGGCAGACUAAUAAUACAAAGCUUUCUUAAGAUUA